GGUCGUUGGGACGCAUGCGCUUGGACCGAAAGCAGUCGGUCUGGAAAGCCCACAGCAAACGGAUGUAAUCAAAGCAAAGAUUUACCUCUUAUCUAGCAUACAUGGUGAAAUUGCCGAUGGGAUCGGAGCGGAAGGAGACGGAGCAUCGGCAGCCAGAGGCAGAGGAGGCGGCAUGGUCGCGACCCGCCGCGAGAGAGCGCGCCCCCAACGCCUGCUGCUUCUGCUGGUGCUGCUGCUGCAGCUGCUCCUGUCUCACUGUGCGGAAUGGAGAUGGUGGAGAGGGAGAGCCCAGCAACAUCAAGAUAGAGGGGGCAGGAAACUGCGAAGACAGCACUGAUCUCACCGUGGAGGAGGUGUGUUCCUGGGGGCAGUCCUUUGACCGGAUGAUGAGCUGCCCCACUGGGAGGGAGGCCUUCCGCAGCUUCCUCAGGACGGAGUUCAGUGAGGAGAACAUGCUCUUCUGGCUGGCCUGUGAGGACCUCAAGAAGGAGACUAGGGAGGGUGCCAUCAAGGAGAAAGUCCGGACCAUAUAUGAAGACUACAUCUCUAUUCUUUCACCCAAAGAGGUCAGCCUGGACUCCCGGGUCCGAGAAGUGAUCAACCGGAACAUGCUGGAGCCCUCGUCCUGCACAUUCGACGACGCCCAGUUUCAGAUCUACACCCUGAUGCAACGGGACUCGUACCCACGCUACAUGGCCUCACCGGCCUACGCUGACCUCCUUCAGAGGCUUGUGGAGAAGGAGCCCAAAUCGUAGGCCCCGCCUUCUCUCACUGGCUGUUCUCCCUAACUCUCUCGGAGUAGAAUGACAGAAAGGGCCCAUGUGUCCAUGCAGGGAAAUUUUCCCGCCAAAACAUUGGCUUGAGUUGAAAGGGUGAUUCCCGACCUGGAUAUUCCUGCACCAUGACCACAGGCUGCGUUGCAUCCCAAGUACGAGCUGUUUUGGAUUUACACGGAAAGAUGAUCCGGACAAAAACAAACCUCUUUUUUAAUCUGUUUUUGUUCCACGUUACGUAAUUUUUUGUUAUGGAUCGAAGUGAGAAAGGGGUUCUUAUAAUUGUGAAAAGUGAACUUGUAGGUUGUGUCUUCGGUGCUUUUGUUCUUACGGUGUUUAGAAAAGGGAAUUUUGACAUGGUCUUUAAUGUCUGUGAGCCGAAUGGGAAGAAUCAGUCCAACAAGGCAACGCUCUCGGAAGAUACCGGAAUGUGGCCCGAAAGGCAUAUUUAUAAGAUAUCAGAUCUUUCUUGUGUGACUUGCAUUUCUCCUUGACUCCAUGAUAGAUGUGACAACACCACCCAGAAUGAAGUGAUUUCCAUUUUUUCCAAAUAUUUAUAUUUUUAAAAGAAUAGUGGACUUUGAAUGCCCAUUUAUAUUACAUUUGACUAUGAACCAUUCCACUUAUUGUCCGUUCAGUUCAGGGAUCAAGCAUAAUAAUAAUAAUAAUAAUAAUAAUAAUAAAGAAAUAUUAUAUUGUAUUUUAUUAUAGUAAAAUCCCGUUAUAACGGACUUCAAGGGACCUGGCAAAACAGUCUAUUAUAUCCAAAGUCCGUUAUAUCCAGAGUUGCUGUAUGGCCAGAACACAACUACAGGACGCCAUUUACUCACGCCACACCCCAGCAGACACACGUGUGGUACAUAUUAUUAUAUUGUACAUGUAGUAAUCCAUCUUUACCUGAGCAGAUGCGUGACUAUUAAUAAUCCUGACUACGUAUCUGCGCUGGAUAUCACCGUUAUACCCGAAUAAAACUACAGCUAAAAAGCAGCUCUGAGGACCAAAUUGUUUGUCCGUUAUAAGCGAAAUUCCGUUAUUUGAAGUUUCCUCUAUAACGGGAUUUUACUGUAUAUUAUAUUAUAUGAUAAUUGCAUAUAUUCCUUCAUGAUUCAGAGCAAAUUCGUCCUAUCUCGAAGCGUUGUUUCUGGGCGCAGUUGACACUUAAAUGAAUGUGUUUGUAUCAAUGAAAAGAGAAAGGCCAUAUAUUUUAGUUACCCUUUACCUAGCUAUGAAUUACUCUGCUGGGCGGCCCUUUCCUUUAUUCUGACUUUUUUCCCCACGGAGAGCUACACCGGGCACGUGCCUUUUUAUUCGCUAUGAACCGUCUGCAUCUACACGGCCUUUGAAUGUGUUUUUUUUUUCUUGCAACAAGAAAACCGAGGUGGUCCUCCGGUGCUUACAUUCUUCUUAACAUGUGCAAUCGGAAAUAUAGGGGGAAGAGAGUUUCAUUGUUAUUGAUAUAAAUGUAUUUAAAAUCAAAAUGAAUUUAUCAUUUGUA